AUGAGCUCGACAAAUGCAUUAUCUUCGGAGUCAGGGCCCGAUCAGAGUGAGGGAGUAUCUCUUACCUCAAUUGAAGCCAUUCUUCCAGGAAACGGACUAUCUCAAGAAGGUGACGAAAAUAAUGAAGGCCCAGAGCUAGACUCAACAUUGCAAAAGUAUCGGGAAGCCUGUCAAGUUGGGGAUUUAGCCACAGUACAAACUUUGGUAGAAUCAGGAGCAAUCGACCUAAAACAGGACUACGAUAGCGAAAGAGUUUCGGGGCUACAUUGGGCAAGUAUCAAUAACCGUUUAGGCGUUGUGCAGUACCUUGUUAAAAAUGGCGCAGACGUCAAUUUUGCUGGAGGGAAUUUGAAUGCUACGCCUUUGCAUUGGGCUGCUAGGUACGGCUAUGUAUACAUUGUGGACUACCUCUUAGAGCACGGUGCAGACCCCGCCUUGGUGGACCAGCAAGGCUUUAACUUUCUACAUUUAUCCAUCAAUUCCUCGAAUAUAAUGCUGGUUAUAUACGCCCUUUACUUUGUUGCAGAUGACAAAGUUACGAUUGAUAGUCCGGACCCUAAUAACAGAACUCCACUCCUAUGGGCCGCAUAUCAGGGUGAUUUGCUAUCCGUAAAAGCGCUGAUUGAUUUCAAGGCAAAUGGUUCGCUUGUGGACUCGGGUGGUUUCUCGCCUUUGCAUUGGGCUACAGUAAAAGGGCAGCCCCAGGUUCUGAAGUCCCUCAUCAAUUAUGGUUGUGACUACUUUCAGAAGACGAAUGAUAGUAAAGACUGCUUUGUCAUAUCAAAAGAAAUGAACACCGUAAAAGAGUUUACUACUGCACUACGAGAAAACGGAUUGCGACCUGACGGCACUCCUAUCACAAAGUACUUCUCGAAUCAACGAAAUGCCAAGCUUACACUAUUUGUUACUCCAUGGAUUCUUGUAGGGUUGGUAAUCAAACUUUUGGCGACAAUAAAUGUUCCCAUAGCUUUAGUCUCUGCGGCGAUAACAGUUUAUGGAUCAAUCCGCCUGUUGAAAAAGUUUGUUAUUCCAGUGAUUGCAACUGACAGCGGUAGUGAUUCCUUCUUGAAGACACCCAUUUUGGCUGGGCUCCUAUUUGGGAGUCUUCUAUGGGUCAUAUACAUUUGGUUUACGAGGAUUGUGCCUGCAACUUUUUUCGAGGAGCCGUUUUACAAUCUGUUAUUUAUGUCGACGGCAACAUUCUGCGCCUUCUCUUUUGUUAAUUUGGUUUUCUCAAAUCCUGGUAAAGUAUUCAAGGAAGAUGACGUCGAUCAAGUGAAAGUCGCCAUCAAGGAACUGCUGCGGAUCGGCAAAUACGACACACGCCAUUUUUGCAUUGACACUUACAAGCGAAGACCUCUUCGGUCCAAAUACUCAAAAUUUAACAGCGCUCUGAUUGCAAGAUUUGAUCAUUUCUGUCCCUGGAUCUACAAUGACGUGGGAUUGAGAAACCAUAAGUUGUUUCUGUUCUUUCUCAUGUCCCUCAUUUCAGGUGUUGCUUGCUUUGCCAAGACAUGUUUGGAGUACUUUGACGUGCUAGAGGACUCCUCCGACGCCAACUUCAAUUGCGGAAUGUUUGAUGACGAAAUAUGUGCUGGACUACAACUAGAUACUUUUGCUUUCCUUGUAAUGGUAUGGGCUGUUAUACAGGGAAUAUGGGUGUCAUUUCUGCUGCUAACACAGCUUUUCCAAACAAUUAAGGGUCUCACCAACUAUGAACUACGAGAAAAAUCCCUGCAGCGGCACGGCCAAGACACGGCAACCGAAACAUUCAUGACGACCCCUACGGAUCUCAUGGAAGAAGAAGAGCUGAGUAUGUUGACACAAAGCGCCAUCAACCCGUCAGACCGUCUUGUAUUGGCUCACUCCCGCGGCUGUUUUGACGUAUGUUGUGGACUCACAGGCUUGGAUCAGUUUCUUCUCAUUGUCAGGGGAUUUUUUGGCUUCUCGAGAGUGUCAGAGGGACAACGAUCUGUUAAUCGCAGAUCACCUAUCAACCACGGCUGGAAAACCAACCUGACUGAUUUUUGGCUCUUGAGUGAUGUCACAGCACCGUUAUGGCAGAGAUUUCUGUUUUCUCCGCAACAUUUCAAGGCCAGCCUCAAUAACUGCGAGGUAGACUACAGUACAUUAUAUACGUGGCCGGAAGUAGCGCUUUCCGCUGAAGAUCUGGUGUGA